GGAUGAGGUCAAUAUCCUUCCAGGGUACCCGGGCCAGGUUGAUUAGAAAGGCCUGCUCGCAGAAGUGUUUUAGGGAGCGUUUGACAGUGAUGAGGGGUGGUCGUUUGACCUUGGACCCGUGGCGGAUACAGGCAAUGAGGCAGUGAUCGCUGAGAUCUUGAUUGAAGACAGCAGAGGUGUAUUUGGAGGGCAAGUUGGUCAGGAUAAUGUCUAUUAGGGUGCCCAUGUUUACGGAUUUAGGGUUGUACCUGGUGGGUUCCUUGAUGAUUUGUGUGAGAUUGAGGGCAUCAAGCUUAGAUUGUAGGACUGCCGGGGUGUUAAGCAUAUCCCAGUUUAGGUCACCUAACAGAACAAACUCUGAAGCUAGAUGGGGAGCGAUCAAUUCACAGAUGGUGUCCAGGGCACAGCUGGGAGCUGAGGGGGGUCGGUAGCAGGCGGCAACAGUGAGAGCCUUAUUUCUGGAGAGAUUAAUUUUUUUAAUUAGAAGUUCGAACUGUUUGGGCAUAGACUUGGAAAGUAUGACAGAACUUUGCAGGCUAUCUCUGCAGUAGAUUGCAACUCCUCCCCCUUUGGCAGUUCUAUCUUGACGGAAAGUGUUAUAGUUGGGUAUGGAAAUCUCUGAGUUUUUGGUGGCCUUCCUAAGCCAGGAUUCAGACACGGCAAGGACAUCAGGGUUGGCAGAGUGUGCUAAAGCGGUGAGUAAGGCAAACUUAGGGAGGAGGCUUCUGAUGUUGACAUGCAUGAGGCCAAGGCUUUUUCGAUCACAGAAGUCAACAAAUGAGGGUGACUGGGGACAUGCAGGGCCUGGGUUUACCUCCACAUCACCCGAGGAACAGAGGAGUAGUAGGAUGAGGGUGCGGCUAUAGGCUAUCAAAACUGGUCGCCUAGAGCGUUGGGGACAAGGAAUAAAAGGAGCAGAUUUAUGGGCGUGGUAGAAUAGAUUCUGGGCAUAAUGUGCAGACCAGGGUAUGGUGGUGCACGGGUACAGCGGAGGCAAGCCCAGGCACUGGGUGAUGAUAAGAGAGGUUGUAUCUCUGGACAUGCUGCUGCUGGUGGUGGUGAUGAGGGGUAUGGCUGCUCCAGCCCCAAUCUGCUCUCUGCUGGGCCAACCCGCUCUGCCUCUCCUGUCUGCCGAGGGGGACAUCAACAUUGGGGCAGUGUUCCCACUACAUAGGAAUGCCCUCUUCAAGGUCCAUUCGUUCACCUCCAGACCAGAGAAAACACCCUGUAUCAGUUUCAGCCAACGUGAGUUCCAGUUUGCACAGACCCUGAUCUUUGCCCUGGAGGAGAUCAACAACAGCAGUGAUCUUCUCCCAGGACUGUCUCUGGGUUACCAGGUCUAUGACUCCUGUAGCUAUGCCCCCCUGGCCAUCCACUCAGCCCUGGCCCUGAUGAACAGCCCUGGGCCUGAGGACAGCCUGGGAGACCCCUCCUCCUGCUCCAGAUCUCCCGCCGUGUUGGGCAUUGUAGGGGAGUCAAGCUCCACAUCCACCAUCGGAAUAUCAUCCCUGGUCGGUCCAUUCAGCAUCCCUGUGAUCAGCCACUUUGCCACCUGUGCUUGUCUGAGUAACAAAAAAAAGUUCCCCUCCUUCUUCAGAACCAUCCCCAGUGACUUCUACCAGAGCAGAGCCCUGGCAAAGCUGGUCAAACACUUUGGAUGGAACUGGGUGGGAGUGGUGAACAGCAACAAUGACUAUGGAAACAACGGCAUGGCCACAUUCAUGGAGGCAGCGUGGCAUGAAGGGGUCUGUGUAGAGUACCAAGAGGCCAUCCACCGCACAGACCCCCGAGAGAAGCUCCUGGAAACCGUCAGGGUGAUCAGGAAGGCCACAGCCAGGGUGGUGGUACUGUUCAUGGGCUUGGGGGACAUCGUCCCCCUGAUGAAUGAGUUGGCUCUGGAGGGAGACCUAGGGCUGCAGUGGGUGGGCAGCGAGGCCUGGAUCACAGCCAGACUGCUGGCGGAGAACAAGGCCUACGGCUUCCUGAGGGGGGCGGUGGGCUUUGCCAUCAGGAAUGCCAGGCUGGAUGGUCUGGAGGGGUUCCUAGACAAGGUGCACCCCUCCCAGGCGCCAGACAACACCCUGCUCAGGGAGUUCUGGGAGACUGUGUUCCAGUGCUCCUUCGAGGGGGGCAGCAGCAAGCUGUGCACAGGAACAGAGAGCUUAGCAACGCUGGAGAACCAAUACACAGACGUGUCAGAGCUGAGAAUACCCAAUAAAGUGUACACAGCUGUAUAUGCCUUUGCACAUGCUCUACACAACCUGCUGACAGACUUAAAGAAUGACACAGACAGCGGCAACAGACCAGCCUACACACCACAGCAGGUGCUACAGUACCUGAAGGAGGUGAGGUUUAGAGUAAAGACAGGAGAGGAGAUCUGGUUCGAUGCUAACGGAGAUGUGGUGGCGUGCUACGAGCUAGUGAACUGGCAGCAGGAGGAGAAUGGGACCCUGCAGUUCCAUGCUGUGGGGCUGUAUGAUUCCUCGAUGCCCCCUGAACAGCGCAUUACCUUCAACAAGGGAAAACUGGUCUGGGCAGGGGGCCAGGCAGAGGCACCUGUUGCAGUGUGCAGUGAGAGCUGUCCCACAGGCACUCGUAAGGCUGUACAGAAAGGAAAGCCUGUAUGCUGUUAUGACUGUGUACCAUGUGCGGAGGGAGAGAUCAGUAACAUCACAGAUUCUAACGGCUGCUAUCGAUGUGACUUGGAGUAUUGGUCAAAUGAAAAAAGGGACUGCUGUGUGUUGAAACCAGUUGAAUUCCUCUCCUAUGAAGAAACGAUGGGCAUAGUUCUGGUGUUUUUCUCCUUACUGGGGUCCGGUGUUACUACUCUGGUAGCUGUUGUGUUUUCAAUUCAUAAGGACACCCCCAUCGUCAGGGCCAACAACUCUGAGCUGAGCUUCCUGCUGCUCUUCUCCUUGACUCUGUGCUUUCUGUGUUCUCUUACUUUCAUUGGCCGGCCCUCUGAGUGGUCCUGUACGCUGCGCCACACAGCGUUUGGCAUCACCUUCGUCCUCUGCAUCUCUUGUGUUCUGGGGAAAACAAUAGUGGUGUUGAUGGCCUUCAGGGCUACACUUCCAGCCAGUAAUAUCAUGAAAUGGUUUGGUCCUCCACAGCAGAGACUCAGUGUUCUGGCUUUCACUCUCAUACAGGUCCUGAUUUGUGUUCUUUGGUUAACAGUCUCCCCUCCUUUCCCCUACAAGAACAUGAAGACCUAUAAGGAAAAGGUCAUUCUAGAGUGUGAUGUGGGUUCAGCUAUUGGUUUCUGGGCUGUGUUGGGGUAUAUAGGACUCCUGGCUCUCUUGUGCUUUGUGCUGGCUUUUAUGGCUCGAAAGCUGCCUGAUAACUUCAAUGAGGCCAAAUUCAUCACCUUCAGCAUGCUCAUAUUCUGUGCAGUCUGGAUCACCUUUAUCCCAGCUUAUGUCAGCUCUCCUGGGAAGUUCACUGUAGCUGUGGAGAUCUUUGCUAUUCUGGCCUCCAGUUUUGGUUUACUUUUCUGCAUAUUUGCUCCUAAAUGUUUCAUUAUAUUGCUGAGGCCAGAGCAAAACACCAAGAAACAUAUGAUGGGGAAGACAUCCAAUGACAAACGAUAUUAA